AUGGCAUCUUCAGUCACUCCGAACAACCUCCGCCGCCCUCAGCGCUUCAUCACAGACCACGCGGCCGACGGCAAAGCCGUCUUCAACACCAGCCUUCCCGAAGAGAUCCCUCAGCAGACCAUCGCCAAUGACGCAAAGUUCUACCUGGGCUACACCACCGAACACACGCCCGUCUCCUUCGCCGGCAACAAGGACGUGGAGACGUACGCCGCGCGCCUCGCAAACCCGCCGGGCAUCGUGAUCCCCGGCGGCAGCGUCAUGCGCAUCGUCGACUGCCCGCCAAACUCCCUGUCGCCCAUGCACCGCACCGUGAGCCUGGACUACGGCGUCGUGCUCGAGGGGGAGGUCGACCUCGUGCUGGAUUCCGGGGAGACGAGGAGGAUGCGCAGGGGAGACGUGAGCGUCCAGCGAGGCACGAUGCAUGCGUGGAAGAACGUGAGCGAGACUCAGUGGGCCAGGAUGCUGUACGUGCUCCAGGAGAGCCAGCCUCUCGAGGUCGCGGGUGGGGUAUUGGAGGAGGAUUACGGCGUCGGAAUGGAGGAUGUGAAGCCCUCUAGCAAAUGA